AAAUAUAUCUUAAAAUUAAAAAAAUUAGAAAAUAUUUUUUUUUAGAAAUUAAUAAAUUUAUAAAUUAGUAAAAUAUUAAAGUAUCUACAUUGUUAAUUUAUAGAGUUUUUAUUGUAAAUACACGCUCCCUUUAAAAGAAAGAAAGAAAUAACACAACAAUUCAGUAUUAGCCCCCACCACUAACGGACAACUGUUUAAAGUUGUUAACUAAUUAGUCAAGUUGAUUAAUUACACACAUAAAUAAUCAAAACUCUUCUGCUAAUUAGCCUAUUAAAUGGAACAGAUACUAGUCAAAGUUAGUACACAAAUGUAUUCUCAAUACACAUUUUACAUCUUCCCGUACAAGCUUUUAUAACUAGUAUAUACAGUUAUAUAAUGAGAUCGUCGUUAUCUUCUCAUUCUCCAAUUAUAUGUGUUUAUUUGGCUGAAAAGCGUAUCUGUAAUCAUUGCAAUUUGUCAUUUGAUUCAUAAUAAUAUUGUAAUCCUUUCCACAUGUAUAUUGUCUAUUUAUAUAGAUACAUAACAAUUAUGUAGAAUUUUGACUAAUAGCUUUUCGAUUUAGACCAGAUUCACACGUUUAUUGCUCAAUUAAAAUUAAAAGUUCAGGAAUACUAUGAGAGAUCUUUUGUACUUACUAAAGUUAAUAUGACCAUUAGAGUAGUGGAGAAUCAAAACAAAAAAAAAAGUUUUUUGGCGUAGCAUAAUAAUAAAAAACGAAACGUGAAUAUUUAAGAAAAAUGUAAUUUGUUGUAUAUUUUUAUACAUAAAAAGUUCACCAAAAAGAAAAGAAAAAAGAGAAGAAAAACGCCGUUGGGGGAAAAUGGUGACGAAUGGAAAACGGAACCGUGAAGACGGAGUCUCUGUUCUGUCGUGUCAAAUAAAAGGAAAAAAACGACUUUGAGGAGGGUCUUUGUCAUGUUUUUAAUUUUCUAAGUCCAUUAAACAAAAGCAUAAAAACUUAAUUAAGAAAUUAAAAAUUGGAAUAAACUCUAGUUGGAAUUAAAAAAAAGAGAGAGAGAGAGAGAAAGAAGCAAGGGAAGAGAGGAGAGAGAAAAAGGAGGGAACAGUUAAUGGCGGAGCAGUAUAAGGAAUCGCGUCUCUCUAGAAAUCUGCCAUAGCUGUAAAAACAGUUGAAAGAAAGAAAGAAAGAAGGAAGAAGAAGAUAGUGUUGAUAUUGUUGUUAGUGGUAGAGGAAGAAGAAGAAGAAGAAGAAGAAGAGAGAUUAAAAAAAAAAAAGAAUAAGAAAAAAAACUGUAAAUGAGAGCUAGAAAAGGAACCUUCUCUGUACUUCUCCUUUUAAUUCUCAUUCUCCCCAGUCUUUAAUCUUUUUUCUCUCUAUUUUACUUUCCCUUUUCUUCUUCUUCAAUUUCACUCUUUAUUGAUCUUUAAAAGCUGUGAUCGAGUCAAAGGUCUUCUUCUUAGUUUGUUUUUUUUGGUGGGUUGUUGUCUUGUUGAUAUUGGAUCUGUUUUUUGGUCCAAGAUUUUAAUCUUGAGGGGUUCUUGAUCUAGGAUUUGACAUAUCUAUAUCUGAAAUUGAUGUAGGACUUUGUUUUUAUUUAGAAAAAAAAAAAGAAAAAAAAUAAAAAAAGAGUCUGUUUCAUAUCCAAAUCUACCCACCAUUUUUGUUGUGGGAGGUUUUUAAAAAUAAUUCAUAAUCAUACUAAAAAAAUUCAAAGCUAAAGAUUUUUUUAAUCUUCCAUUCAAAAUCUGAGGGGAGAGAAUAGAGAAUAGAGAGAGAGAGUUUUUUGUUUGUUUCUUCUUAUAAUUAGGAGUAUUUUGAUAGUUUAGGGGAAUACCUGAUGCUUCACUGCUAGAUCUACUCAAGUCUUGGAUAACUUCAGAUUCAAACCAAUCUCCUUGUUGCUACUUUGAAACAACCAUGCCUAUCAUUUCCAAAACCUGCAAUGACUGUGGAACCAACCUCCACUGUGGCUACUCUUGCCUUACCUGUGGCCAUUCCUGGUGCAAGAGCUGCUACUCUGAUUCUGACACAGAGGAGAGACCAGAAGAUCUCAAGAAGCUGUGCAGAGAAUGUGAUGGUGAGGUUCUUGAGCUGAGAGGGAAGAGCUAUGAUAAGGUUCAUCCUGGUGAUAGCCCUGAAAGUGAGAACUCUAGCCUUGAAAUCAGAGAUUGCAGGAACAUCGCCUCUAUUCGUUGCUAUCCUAGCAGGGGAGAGGAGGAAGAAGGAGGUGGAAACAGUGGUAAACAGUUUCUAAGCCCUUCGAGUGAAUACAAUCAAGACAGUUCAGAUGUAGAGUCGGGUAGUGUUAGUAGACAUGAGCAUUUUAGUUGCAAGUCUUCUGCUGGGUCCAGUCCUCACGACAGUCCAUUAAGGAACAAUUUUAGUCCUCUUGGGCGCUUUGUACAGCACGCCAAAGACCUCAGUCCCACUAAGCCGGAUCAGAGGUGCACGGAACCAGAAGAGCAGGAGGAGGAGGAUACGUUGCAAGAACCGUUGGAUUUUGAGAACAACGGACGCAUCUGGUAUCCUCCCCCUCCUGAAGAUGAGAACGAUGACGCUGAGAGUAACUACUUUGCAUAUGAUGACGACGAAGACGAUGAUGAUAUUAGGGAGACUGCUACUGAGUUUUCAUUGAGUAGUAGCUUUGCUAGCCACGCCCCUAAACUAGGAGACAACAGUAAUGAGCCUCUUAGAACAGUGGUGCACGACCAUUUCCGAGCUCUAGUUGCAGAGCUAUUACGUGGAGAGGAGCUUACUCCUUGUGAUGAUGACGAGGGCAGUGCUGGUGACUGGCUGGAUAUCGUCACUGCUUUAGCGUGGCAGGCCGCCACUUUCGUGAAGCCGGACACUCGUGCAGGCGGCAGUAUGGAUCCUGGGAGCUAUGUUAAAAUCAAAUGUGUAGCAUCAGGAAACCAAAACGAGAGCAUCCUCAUAAGGGGAAUAGUGUGCAGCAAGAACAUAACGCACAAGCGAAUGACCUCCCAAUACAAACAUCCGAGGCUGCUGCUAUUAGCCGGGUCUCUAGAGUAUCAACGAGUUGCAGGACAGUUAGCGUCAUUUAACACGUUGCUCCAACAGGAGAAUGAUCAUCUCAAGGCGAUUAUAUCGAAAAUAGACUCCCUUCAUCCCAAUGUUCUCUUGGUAGAGAAAAGCGUAUCUUCGUAUGCUCAGCAGUACCUUCUAGAGAAGGAUAUUUCAUUGGUGCUCAAUGUGAAAAGGUCGUUGCUGGACCAAAUAGCCCGUUGCACCGGUGCUGUUGUUUGCCCUUCUGUAGAUAGGAUCUCUACUGCUCAGUUGGGGCAUUGUGAGGUGUUUAGGACUGAGAAAGUGUUGGAGCAGCAUGAAGCUGGGAGAAAACGUUCUAGGACAUUGAUGUACUUUGAAGGUUGUCCUAAGCGCCUAGGUUGCACGGUUGUGCUUAAGGGGAGUUGUCGUGAAGAGCUAAAGAAGGUUAAGCAUGUGAUUCAGUAUGCUGUGUUUGCAGCUUACCACUUAUCAUUGGAGACUUCCUUCCUUGCGGAUGAAGGUGCUUCUCUGCCUAAAAUUAGACUUAAGCAACCAGGGAUGGUGCGGUCUGCUUCAGAUAGGAGAAUGAUUGAUGAUGGCAUUUCCUUAGUAACUCAUUCUCCUACAGAGAAAGAUCUUCAAGCUUUGAUUGAUACAGCUGGACAGGAGGAAGAUGAAACUACAGCACUGGUGCCAGAUCAUGAGGCUUGUGAAUCCGAGGAUUUUGAUCCGAGUGUGUUAUUCCCAUCUUCUUCAGACAUGAAAUCUUGUGAAGUUGACACUGAGCAAUGUGAUGCACUGAAUAGAGAUUUACCUGACAGUUUGGUAAUAAGAUCUUAUUCGGCAACUGAUUUGAGAGGUGAAGAGGAGAAUCAGUUAGUGAACAUGCACAACUUGCCACAUCAUGAGAAUCUCGAUGAAGAUGAUGUUUCUAGUGAAUAUUUCUCUGCUGCGGACUCUCACCAGAGCAUACUAGUCUCGUUUUCAAGCCGCUGUGUGUUGAAAGAGUCAGUAUGUGAACGGUCAAGACUAUUGCGGAUUAAGUUCUAUGGAUCCUUUGAUAAACCUCUCGGAAAAUACUUGAAAGAUGAUCUCUUCGAUCAGACUUCAAGUUGUAGAACGUGUAAGGAGCUGGUUGAUGCUCAUGUCCUCUGCUACUCUCACCAAAAUGGGAACCUUACUAUAAACGUUAGACGUCACUCAUCCAUGAAGCUUCCCGGUGAACAAGAUGGGAAGAUAUGGAUGUGGCAUCGGUGCCUGAGAUGUGCACAUGUAGAUGGUGUCCCGCCUGCUACUCGUAGAGUAGUUAUGUCUGAUGCUGCAUGGGGACUGUCCUUUGGGAAGUUUCUUGAACUUAGCUUUUCGAAUCAUGCUACUGCUAAUCGUGUUGCGUCCUGUGGCCAUUCACUUCAGAGAGACUGCCUUCGGUUCUAUGGAUUCGGAAACAUGGUUGCUUUCUUUAGAUACUCUCCCAUCAACAUACUUACUGUCUUCCUUCCUCCAUCAAUGCUUGAAUUCAACAGCCAUCCUCAACCGGAUUGGAUACGUACAGAGGCAGCUGAGCUUAUGGGUAAAAUGAGGACUAUGUACGAGGAGGUAUCUGGUAUGAUCAAACGCAUGGAAGAGAAGAGCAGUUUACUUGAACCUGAACAACCUGGAGCCUCUGAACUACAUAGUCGCAUCGUGGGAUUAAAAGAUCAACUCGUAAAAGAAAAAGAUGAAUACGAUGACGCCCUGCAACCUAUUUUUGAAGAGAGUCUUCAAAACCAAGGGAGUUUGGAUAUUUUAGAGCUGAAUAGACUGAGACGUGCACUCAUGAUUGGUUCUCACGCUUGGGAUCAUCAGCUUUAUUUGCUAAACUCUCAACUCAAAAAAGCUAGUGAUGGCAAUGCUUCCAGGAGUCUAGAGACGCAGGAGCCUCCAAAGCCUGACCAUAGACUAAACGAAGGUGGAGAUGAAGGGGAAGGGAAAACUCAUUCUGAUGGAGAAGCUAACAACGGUGAUGAUAACAAACUCUCCCCUGGCUCUUCUCUCUCUGAGAGGAUAGACUCAGCAUGGUUAGGCUCGUUUCAUGAAAAAGCGGAGACAGAUUCUUCAGCUGUUAAUUCUCCACUCCGGAGGCUGGCCAAGCCAGUAAGAGUCCAGUCAUUCGACUCAGCGAUACGGUUUCAAGAAAGGAUCCAAAAGGGUUUGCCGCCAUCUUCUUUAUAUCUCUCAGGCAUCAGAUCUUUCCACGCGUCCGGCGAUUACAGGAACAUGGUGAGGGACCCCGUCUCCAACGUGAUGAGGACUUACUCACAGAUGUUACCUCUAGAAGUGCAGAAGCUGGAUCUCAUCGUUGGCUCAGCUCCUACUUACAUCUCUUCAGCUAGCCAGAUGGCUGAUGGGGCUCGGAUGUUGAUUCCUCAACGUGGCGUCAACGACAUUGUGGUUCCUGUGUAUGAUGAUGAUCCCGCGAGUGUUGUGUCAUAUGCUCUUAACUCCAAGGAGUAUAAAGAGUGGGUUGUUAACAGAGGCAUUGCUAAUAGUAGUACUAGUAACAAAGAGUCUGAACCUUCUUCUACGUUCUCCACGUGGCGUUCUCUAGGGUCGAUGGAUGUUGAUUACAUUCACCACGCGGUGUAUGGAUCAUCUCAGGAUGAUAAGAAGUCUCCGCAUUUGACUAUUUCCUUCAGCGACCGCUCUUCUUCUUCCUCUGGUGCAAGUGAAGGUAAGGUGAAGUUCUCUGUGACGUGUUAUUUCGCGACGCAGUUCGACGCUCUGAGAAAGACGUGUUGUCCGACGGAGGUGGACUUUGUGAGGUCGUUGAGCCGGUGUCAGAGAUGGUGUGCGCAGGGAGGGAAGAGCAAUGUUUACUUCGCCAAGUCAUUGGACGAGAGGUUUAUUAUAAAACAAGUAGUCAAAACGGAGCUUGAUUCUUUUGAGGACUUUGCAACUGAGUACUUUAAGUAUAUGAAGGAGUCUCUCAGUUCUGGGAGCCCCACUUGUCUAGCUAAGAUUCUCGGUAUCUACCAGGUCUCUAUUAAGCACUCAAAAGGUGGAAAAGAAACGAAAAUGGAUCUUAUGGUGAUGGAGAAUCUAUUCUACAACAGGAGAAUAUCAAGAAUCUAUGAUCUCAAGGGGUCUGCACGGUCACGGUACAAUCCAAACACAUCCGGAACAGACAAAGUUUUGCUUGACAUGAAUCUGCUUGAGACACUACGGACAGAACCAAUAUUCUUGGGAAGCAAGGCAAAGAGAAGCUUGGAGAGAGCUAUAUGGAACGACACUAACUUCUUAGCUACUGUGGAUGUAAUGGACUAUUCAUUGCUGGUUGGGUUCGACGAAGACCGUAAGGAGCUGGUUCUUGGAAUCAUAGACUUCAUGAGACAGUACACAUGGGAUAAGCACCUUGAGACUUGGGUGAAAGCUUCAGGGAUUUUGGGUGGACCCAAAAACGCUGCUCCAACCAUAAUCUCGCCAAAACAGUACAAGAAGAGGUUUCGAAAGGCCAUGACCACUUAUUUUCUAACGGUUCCUGAGCCAUGGAACUCCUGAUUGAGUAAAAGAAAGAACACCAUUUUUCAUCAUUCUUUUGUUUUACUGAUCUUGAUUUUUUCUUUUUACAAUAAAAAAAAAAGAAAUUGGUUUAAGUAGACGGAACAUAUAUACAUGUUGGGACCUGACUGAUUGAAUUUAUCCUUUUUUUUUGUUUGUUUGUUUGGUGUGUGUUGGUUUCUCUUUGAGUCUGGAGAAUUGUAUAUUGUAAUUAUUGGCUAAACUUAUGCCCCUCAGAUUGAAAGAAAAAUACUAAUGAUUUGCCUUUUUCUUA